AUGGCGGACAACCUGGAAUCAUCCAUGUUCCCAAUGCAGAAGGGCUCUCUGAACCUCCUGCGGCAGAAAUGGGAAUCCAGCGAUUACCAGAAAAGCGAGUAUAGUCCCAGAGACAGUCGUUGCAGGCUUUUCCAGCCUCAAGAAAACAAAUUGCUUGAACCUGAAGAAGAGGUAGCAUCAACACCCGGACCUCCAGAUCCUCCAAAUCUGCUCCGAAGUGUCAGAGAAGAGAUAUUGAGUGCAGAGCCUGAAGAGAAGUGUCCUGAGGACAAGAGUGACUACUCUGGAGACUAUGGUCAGCUGGAAGUGCUGAAGGAGGAUUCCCUGAGUGGUCGGCACAGGAUUGAACGGUUCUCCAUCGCCCUUGAUGAGCUGAGGAGUGUGUUUGAAGCUCCAAGGAGUGGAAACAGACAAGCUGGACCAGCUGAGUACAGCCGGAAGUUGGUUGACCAGAUUUAUGCUCAGGUCAUAGACGUAUCAAGAAAGACAGUGGAACUUCCUGAGGCCUCUGGAGGUCUCCUCUCAGAGCUUGCACAUCUCGUCUCCAUAUUCAGUGAACAAUUUCUUGCUCGGAUUGUGGCAUGCAAAGAAAAGUGCAUUUUAUACAACAACCGGCAACGUCAAGCUCAGUGGUUGGACCAAGAAGAAGCUCCAAAGCACUUUCUAAAGUCAAACUUGCACCGAAAAAAGGUCAUGGUCCCUGUUUGGUGGUCUGUUGCUUGUCUGAUCCACUAUAGCUUUCUGAACCCCAGCGAAACCAUUACAUCUGAGAAGUAUGUUCAGGAAAUCAUUGAGAUACACCGAAAACUGCUACACCUGCAGUUGGCAUUGGUCGCCAGAAUGGGCCUAAUUCUUCUCCAUGAAAAUGCCUGA